AUGUUUAUGCUCUCUGUGCAGACCACUGGGCUUGUAGGAUUGGCUGUAGCUGAAAACCCUCAUGAGCGCUUGCGAAUACUGUACACAAAAAUCCUUGGUGUCCUGCAAAACUUUCCCAAAGAUGCAGCAUAUAGGAAAUACACUGAGCAGAUUGUAAAUCAGCGGUUUAAUUUGGUGCAAACGGAGACUGAUGUGCAAAAACUACAGGACAAACUGAAUAGCGGUCACAUAGAAGAAGUCAUUGUACAGGCUGAAAAUGAGCUUUCCCUGGCAAGAAAAAUGCUACAGUGGAAACCAUGGGAGCCUCUAAUUGAAGAACCUCCUUCUGACCAGUGGAGAUGGCCAGUCUAAUUUUCAAAAUGGUGUAACCUCUUGAAAAUAAUAAAAAAAAGAAGUUAAUUAUUAA